GGGCCUUUCAGUCAUCUCUUCGAUGCAAGUUUCUUGCGAAGUGUGCUGCCCAAUAGACAUUGGCAGCAUGAGCAAAUGUCUACAGAAAUACUAGAUAUGCUGAUUGAUGAUAACAACAUUGACAUUGACCCAGAGAUGAUCAAGAAAGCGAAGGAAAUGAUUCUUGCAACAUCUACUCCUGGAUUUGUAAAUAAUGUGAGCACCAUGACGAAGGGGUUCCUGUAUGACAUUGUUGCCAAUCCAAGGACGGGAAUUGACGUUGACAAGUUUGACUAUCUGGCACGGGACAGCUAUUUCUGUGGUGUCGAGCGAUGUUUUGACCAUGAAAGGGUCAUGAACAUGACUCGUGUCGUGGAGAACCAAGUGUGCUUCAAAUGGAGUGAAGCAGAGAAUGUGUACGAGAUGUUUCAAACGCGAGCCAAGCUGUUUCGGCGAGUCUAUGCGCAUCGCAAAGUAAAGGGCAUCGAGUCGAUGAUUGCGGACGCACUGAAGGCGGCUGAUCCUGUCUUCAGGCUUAAAGAGGCCAUUGAAGACCCAAGAGAGUUCAUGAAGCUUGAUGAUAGGAUCCUUUAUAUGAUCGAGAGGAGCGAGGAUCCGGAACUAAAGGAGGCACAGUCUAUUCUUGGCCGGCUUCAUCGGCGUGAAAUCUAUCAGUACGUCAACGAGUGUAUUGUACCGUAUGAGAUGACAUUGUAUUACCAGAGUCACGAAGUAACGGAAGAGGAUGUCACAACGUGUCAGAUGAAGGAGAAGCAUGGGAUCGAACUGAGGCCACAUGAUAUUGUUGUCCAUAACCUAACCAUAAACUAUGGAGCAGGGACAUCCAAUCCAACAGUCGGGGCCACCUAUCGUAAAUACCAGAUAACAAGGGAUCUGGUGAGCCUGAUGAUGCCUUGCAAAUUCUGUGAAAUCAGGAUACGGGUCUACUGCAAAAGCACCCAUCCGAGAGUGUUUGCAGCUGCUGGAGAUGCAUUUCAAGAAUUCCAGAGAAAAUCUUUUGGGCGAUCGCAAUCUAUACAUAGUACCUCUGCUGAAAAGGGGAACAAGAAGCGGCACAGGUCGCGAGCAGGAACUGUUCUUGGGGGAUCGUGUUCUCCGGUGAGCAAUAGCUGUUCGUGGGGGAUGUCCAGGCGGUACAAUUUUUUGUCGGCAAAGCUCUGUGAUGUCCAGAAGGGGAUAGAUAGUGAAAGAUCUGAUAUCCUACAGACUCCUUCAACACACGAGGAUUUCUCGUACUUGUCACAGGACAUCUGACCUGCUGUCACCCGAUUCCAUCACGAAUCAUAACCGCCAUUGGUUGGUUUGCACUGCUGUUACAAAAUUUCAACAUGGCAAAGGGCACGGAAUCGGAAUGAAGCAAGCCAGAGGUA